CGCUGAUCAAUGUCUCACAUCUCACAUAUCACACAUCCACUCGAUCCCAGCGGGUCCAUGACGCGUACUGACCCCACCAUCCUGCGAAUUAGUCACUGUGAGGAGUCCAUCUGCCCCUUCAUGUGCUCCUGCCGCAGCCCAUCGAACACCCCAAGCAGAUGCUGACGCUCAGGCAAACCUGAACACACACACACACACCCGUGCACACAACCAUCCAUCCCACUUGACCCACCGCACCCACCCACUCACCGAUAGCCGACGAUCGUCUCCCCGCCCCCACUGUCACACCGCUCAUGACCAUCUGCCGCACGGCCCCUCCCACCCUGGAUGUGGGCUGCAGCUGCUGCAGCACCUCCAGCAGGAUGGUCCGCAGCUUUGGGUACUCGCUGGCCAGCGACAUCCGCAGAGACCGCUGACGCGCAUCUAGCAGGGAGGUCGACGAGGCGCCUACCAGCUGAACCAUCUGUAAUUGUGGAAUGGCAGCCAACACAUGCAGCUGGCACAUGAUUCUGUUGAUGGUGCAGUGCAGUGCAGGUGUGUACCUUGUUGCUGAGGUUCUGCAUGAGUCUCCUCCAGAAGUGUUCGGUGAGGGACGGCGCGAGCCCCCUGUCCUCGAGCACCUCGUCGAAGCGGUAGUGCAGGUGGCCCUCCGACCCAUCGGCACUCGCCCACACAACCUACACAUACACAUGAUCGCAGAAAGGUGUGGAAAGCUGAUGUGGUGCUGGUGCCUCUCUCUCUCGCUCUUACUUGGUCUAGCACGACCAUUCGCUUCACGGCAGUGUGCAGUGCGGUGGUGAAGUGUGUCAGCUGACCCCAAAAGGCCGUCAGCUGACCGCUCACAGAAGCGUUCAGAAUCGGCUGCAUCAAACAACGCAUCAACCAAACAGAUUAACUAACACGUUGUGUGUUGUGUGUUAUGGGUUUGGCAGCAUACCUUGACGUUGAAGUUGUCGUCUACCUCUGCCACCUGCUCAGCGAGAGCCCCCUCGAGCUGCUCACCGAGGCAAUUCAGGUUGUAAAACACUUGACACGCCACGUUCAGAUCCAACUUGCUCUGGACACGGCACACACAUAGCGGAAGCUCUGUGUGUGAGUGAGUUGGGGGGAGGGGGGUGAGGGCAGCUGGUACCUGGUUGCGCAUGCCUGUUCUGAGUCUGGUCCUGGCCUGGUCGCGUAUCUCUUUAGACAGGUCCCGCACCCACUGCGCCUCGGCGGACAGUGUGCUCAGCAGCGAUGCAUUUGGAACACCUGAGAGAGAAACACACGAGUCCACACGCGCUCAUAGCAGCUGACGCAUCUCGUUUCUUGCAUCAUAGCACAGAUCCACGUACCUCCCUCUGGAAGGCCGCCUGCUCCUCUGCCAGCGUUGAGAAGGCCCUCCAUCUGAGCGACCAUUGGAAGGGGCACAUGCGUAUGUACGCGCACUGACAGGCAAGUGUUCGUCUGUCUUCCACAGGUCACCUCGAAGAGUGUCUGCGCCGCUUUUGCGAUGUCGGGUGUGUGUGGGUCCAUCUGUGCCCUCAGCUUCUUCACGCUCAGGUUGAAGCGCAACACGCUGCGGAUCAGGUCGCUGGCAGCAUACAACCUGACUCGACACACCCACAUCAAGCAGUUGCGUGCAUCUGUCUGUCUGCAAGCCAUUUACAUUCACACACCUUUCGAGAGUCUCCACUUGCUGCUUCAUGACUUUGAAAGGGUCGAGGGUCUCCUUUUCCACUCUGUGUGGAGUGCACAAAGCACACACACAAAGAGAGACCCAUCCAUCCAUCCAUCCAUCCAUCUCUGUCUCUCUCGCACUGUCCGGCACGCACCGCAUGAGUGUGUCCUUGAUGGUGUCGACGCUCUGCCGCACUGCCCCCAGCUCCCGGUCCAGGUCAUCUAUCGAACUCACAUUCUGCAACAGAUGCUCGUGGCACGCAACCACCUACACACACACACACACAACACCCAUUUGUGUGAAGAACAUGCACCAACCAGGGACUUCCCUCGUCAGCUCACUCACCUCGGAGUGCAGUUCAGAGUCGAUUCUGUUGACGGCCUUCUCGAGCAGCUGUGCGGCCCUGAGGACGUGGUCGGGCCCCCUCUCUGCCGCCGCCCUCACGUAGGGCACCACAUCCUCCGUCUCCUCAAACAGCGCCGACAGCUCGGGGUCGAUGCGCUCGCGAAGCACAGCUGAUAGACACACCGCACAAAUCCACACACACAGAUGUUCGUGCGCAUGAACGUGUCCGCGAAGUGCGUCUAUGCCUUUGAUCUGGCCGGAUGCCUGGUUGUUCUGAUUGAGCGGGCUGCUCUGCGACAGCCGGUGACCGACAGGCGAAUUCCCACGUGAAUUCCCAGACAUCUCGUGAUCUGCGGACGGCAAUGACGCAAGGCAGCAAGAUUUUUACAUAAGCAUGUGCAGCGGUCGAUUCGGUGUGCUGCUUCAUGGUCCUUCUUACCUUUGGGAAGCGUUCCGCUUCUCGA